CGCGCGCGGCCCAGAGGAGCGCUUUAAAAAGCCGCGCGUGGUCAGCCCAGCCGGACAGCGCUCUGCGGCGGGACGGGCGGCGGAUUCCGGACCUCUCUGCAGCGUGCUCCACGGUCACCAUGUGGGUUUCGGAUAAAGGCGCCCCUCCGGACGGUCCUGGCGGCAGGGGCCGGCGUGUCCUGAGAGCGCUGCUCCUCUGCACCGGGGACAUGGCCCAGCUGCGCAAAUCCAUGGACAAACAGCCCUUCCUGCUGCAGUUGGUGGAGUGGAGCCUGAGGGGGGUGUCGCGGGUGAUCCUGGCGAAUAACCCGCUGAGCGGAGCUGUGAUCCUGGGGGCCCUGCUGAUGCACAGUCCCUGGCAGGCUCUGCUGGGGCUGAUGGGCCUGCUGGCCUCCACACUGACUGCCCUGAUCAUCGGCCAGGACAGUGAGGAGGUUGCAGGGGGGCUCCAUGGUUUUAAUGGGAUGUUGGUGGCUCUUCUGAUCGGCAUAUUCAGCUCUGCAGGGGACUGGUACUGGUGGCUACUGCUGCCAGCAUGCCUGACUGGAGCUACCUGCACGUUCCUCUUCAGUGGACUCAGUGCUCUGCUGGACCGCUGGGACCUGCCAGUCAGCGUCUUCCCCUUCAACGCCGCCAUCCUCCUCUACCUCGCCUGCACGGGCCCCACCAACCCCUACUUCCCGCAUCACCCCGCCACACCACCAGGGGCGCUGCAGGACACCAACGCCACACUCCACAUCCCACAGCUCCUGCAGGGGGUGGUGUUGGGCGUGGGGCAGAUCUAUGCCUGUGGCACGCUCUGGCCCUCUGUGCUGAUCCUGGCAGCCGUGCUCCUCUUCUCCCCUCUGCUGUGUGUCCACGCCCUGCUGGGGUCCGCCGCAGGAACGCUAGCAGGUCUCUCCGUGGCCGUGCGCCCCUCCUCUCUGUAUUCUGGGCUUUCAGGGUUUAACGGGGCGCUGGGCUGCAUGAGUGUGGGGGGCCUGUUCUUCACCAUCAGCUGGAAGACCCACCUCUUCUCCCUCGCCAGCGCCUUCCUCUCAGCAUAUGCUGACAUCGCCCUUAGCAACCUUUUAGCAACGGUGGCCCUCCCAGCAUGCAGUUGGGCGGCGACCCUCACUGCCACGCUCAUGCUGCUCUUGACGGCUCAGAACCUGUCCUCAUAUCGGAUUCCCAUGGGCAGGGUCACAACCCCGGAACAGAACCUGCGCACACAUGGUCACUGGACAGGCGGGACCACAGAAAGCACUGAUGUGUAGCGCAUGUUUGUGUGUGUGUGUGUGUGUGUGUGUAUAUAUAUAUAUACAUAGCCUAUCUCUCUCCAUACAUAGUACUGACUUGCAUGUAUUUCUGGGUGUGGAGUGUGUCUUUCUGCCAAACAGAGAUUGCGAUGAAAACCGCCCUCCCCACUCCGGUCCGAUCAAUACUCUAUAACAGGAAGCAGCCAGGUCCAUUACAGACCGCAAAAGCUGCAGCAGCUGGAGGCUGAGCCUCUCACACCAGCUCUAUCAGCCGUAAUCAGGACAAGCGAACCAGGCCCCCCCGUUUGCUUCCUGUCACCCUCACCUCACCACCCAAACCCCGGGGUGGAGGGAGCAGAAGAGCAGACACCCCACCCCACCCCACCCCACCCCACCUCACCUCACCCCACCCCACCAGUCACAGUCUGUCCCAGGACUGCAGCUCAUGCUCUCCUGCAGUUAAGUAAAAUGCUGAGACUCCAUUUCUGUUCGCAAUCAAAGCUGUGAUUAUUUCUCCAAUAAAGGAAAUGUGCUCUCCUCUCA